ACUGGAGCGUGAAGUGAACAAGAGGUAGGAGAGGAGACAACUUUCUGGAAUCGAAUGCAGCCUUAAAAGUUGCUUUUUCGCGUUGCAUGCUGGCGACAGUAUAGUUCACGUAAGAUUCGUUUCUCUGGUAAAUUUGGCUUGUGACAUCGAGAGAGAUGAGCCAAGACGGACCUGUGGACGAUUCUCCUGCAUACCUUUUAGAUGAACCGCCAGCUGACACUAAUAAAGGCCACCCCGCAGCCCAGCCAGGCAUGCUGUCCAGGGUGGCAGGAGGCCUCUUCAGUGCCACCAGGGGGGCCGUGGGGGCCACAGUGGGCGGUGUGGCCUGGAUUGGAGGGAAGAGUCUGGAUUUGACCAAGACGGCGGUCACCUCCGUGGCCUCUGUACCCGGAGUGGGAGUGGGGUUGGUCAAAGGGAGUGUGUGCGCUGUGGCUGGGGGGGUCAGCGCGAUUGGCUCAGCUGUGGCCAGCAAGGUACCCUUUGGAAGAGGGGCCAACAAGAAGGACAAGUCAGACUAAGGGGGCGAAUAAUCAUUAUGUCUGCUGCUCUGUCUGUGUUCUUCUGAAGUGAAAAGGCAACUGGACGGACAGUGAAGUUUGCUUUAUGGGUCUUCUUACCCAGUACUGCAGGCACUACCAACCACCUGUCUGUAAUUCACAAUGACUUAAUAAGUUGGAGCUCUAACUGAUGUUUGAGGUUGGUACGUUAUACAAAAGGACUGAUUGUGUUGCAGGCCACUGCUCAUUCCAUUCGCCAGCUCCUGGAGGGUAGACUCAGCCCUUGGAGGAGAUGGUAUAUUCACAGUCUAAGUGGUUAUCUGUGACUUGAUGGUGAAAUUCUGACCACCACAUGCUGGUCUAUAACGACCAGUAAAUUAUGCCUGGUUUCAAAUGAGGUUUAGAGUUGGAGCCACAGGAAUGCAGUGUUAGAUUGAAGAGGAGAUGUGUCACGCUGGAAAUCUGAAGUUUGAUCUUCAAUUAUACUAUUACAUUCAAAUUGUUGUUUCUUUGAGAAAGUUACUAAGUUAAAAAGCUUUUACUUAUUAUUUUGUAAAUUGACCUGCAUCUAUGUGGUGAGCUACAGAGGCACAGAAAUGUUUUCAAUUGUGUGGUCCUUACAACUUUAUUGACAGUUGAAAUCAUCUAUUUUAUGUCCUGUGAGUGUGAUGAAAUUGUUUCAUAUAUUCUAUUAGGUUUAGAAAAGUAAUCUUUAACCAUCUAUUGCUUCAAUGUAUUUUAUUAUAAGGUUUGUUGAAGUUAGUGAUAUACUGUGCCAUCACUUGUGGAAUGUGUUUUCUUGGUCAGGAGGACAGGCUGGUUGAUCUAUGCAGGGGAAGAGUUAGCAAGCAGAUGACACCUCUGACCUUAAUGAAGACAGUAACCAUUGUGGAGACAUGGAGGGAACCAGACAUGAGGUUGGUCACCUGAGAUGGUGAUCAGUCCAUUGUGGGGGACACUCCUUUAAAUAUCAAAGCUGAAGAUAGGUUAGGCAUCAGAACCUGUGAGACGUUGUUGGGGCUUGCAGUACUUCUGAUCCCAUCUGAUUUAUGGCCAGAUGGUUUUGUGUAUUGUCUGUUUGUGUGUUAAGAUGGUUGUUUCUGUGUUCAAUUGUUUGUUCGAUAAUAAAGACGUAUUUUAAUUAUAUCUAAUCUAGUUAACUAGUAAUCUAGUUUUUAUUACGCAUUGAUCCUCCAGAAUUUCUACCACAGUGAGUCACUUGGGUAUUAUCAGAUGGAUUCCUGUACACUGCGCUACCAAUUGUAAGUGUUCAAUCUAAUUCAUUCAAAUACCACAUUUGUUAAGGACUGCAAUAAACAUACGUUAGCUGUCCCAA